GUUCACAACUCCAAGCCGUCGACUGCGGAAUUCCGCAUGGCCUCGCUGCCAUGGCGACUGAAGCCGCUGAAGCCGCUGAAGACGAGAAUCUGCUGGUCUCAGCAGCACUGAUCAGUGGAGCCACGAUGCAACUGGAAGUGCCUCGUGUUGCGAGUGUUGCAUGGCUGCGGAACGAGGUGGGCCGACAGCUGGGGGUUCUAGCUGCGCAGGUGCAUCUCAGCAUUGCUGGGACUCCUCUCCACGAUCUUGCCUCGGUGCUUGAGCAAGGCGUCGCGGAGGAGCAGGUCACUGUGACCUUGAUGCCAAUCACCUUUCGCUGCACCGACCGCUAUCCCGGAGCCAAAGAAUACGUGGCAUCGGAGGAUACCCAACCAGUCCCAGGCUUUCCUUGCGAGGACGAAGGAUGUACCAAAGAGGCUUGGCAAGGCAUCAGCUGGAGGGCUGCGAACGGCGUGGAACAGGUUCAACAUGGUUCAACUUAG